AUGGGUAAGGACCAGAAUGGUGUGGGUCAGUCUGGCUCCAGUAGCAGCCUGCAGGAGCACACUGGUGGUGCUGGUAACCAGGCUGGCAGCCAAAACAGCCCCAGUAACCAGGGCAGUGGCAAUGAGAACCAGGGCAGCAGCGAUAAGAUCAAGGACAACAGCCAGGGUGACAACCACGGUGGCAACAACGGGGACCAGGCCGGCAGCCAGAGCAACAGCCCCAGUAACCAGGGCAAUGGCAGUGAGAACCAGGGCAGCAAGGACAAGGACAGCAGCGUGGGCCAGACCGACAACAACGGCAGCAACAACGGGAACCAGGGCAGCAACCAGAAAAGCGACAACCAGAACGGCAGUGACAACAAACAGGGCAACAACCAGGAUGGGGGUGGCAACGAGGAGAAAGAAGAUGACAAGAACCAUAAAAAUAGUGACAGGAACGAGGACAACACCAACAAGGACCGGGAAAAUAACAAGGACCAGGACACCAACCGCAGCCAGGACGGCACCAACAGGGCCCAGGGCAGUGAGAACACAAACCAGGGCAACAGCCAGGACGAUAACAGCAGGAACGGGGUCAGUGACCAGAACCACCACACUGAGAACAACAGGGGUAGCACCACUGAGAAUGGGGGUAGCAGUCCCAGCAGUAACGACAACAACCAGGCCACCGAGAAUGGGGGUGACAACCUCAGCAGUAACGACAAAAACCAGAUCCCUGAGAACAGGGGUAGCAACCCCAGCAGUGAUGGCAAUAUCCAGAUCCCUGAUCGUGAGGGUAGCAGCACCAAGAACGAGGGUGACAACCCCAGCAGUAACAACAACAACCAGGCCAGCAACCAGGCUGAUCAGGCAGGCUCUCAGGGUGUAAAAACCCCAUCGUCACAAUCGGCUUCCUCCACUGCUGACGGUGAUGGCUCUUCAGGGGGUAAAGAAGGCCCCAGAGAGGAAGAAGACGGGGCUAAAGCUGGCAGCGACACCUCCUUCAAUGAGGAGAGUGAGAAGAGCGUUCCUUCUGCCCCCAGGGACCAGUCUGAGAGCAGCCACUUCUUCGCCUACCUGGUGACCACAGCUGUUAUCGUGGCUGCUCUGUACGUCGCGUAUCACAACAAGCGCAAGAUCAUCGCUUUUGCUCUGGAAGGAAAAAGAUCAAAAAGUGGUCGGCGGCCCAAAUCUGGCGAUUAUCAGAGACUGGAUCAAAAG